AUGGCUGUGUCGCUCCAGCUGUGCCGCUAUAAGGUCCUGUGUCUUGGUUCCAGGGGGGAUGAAAACCAAACGGGGCUGAUACCAUUUCACUUCCAUCUUCUCUCGACCCUCCCUGAGAUUCAGAUGCUUAUUUUUCUGGCCUUCCUGCUCAUGUACCUGCUCAGCCUCUGUGGGAAUGCUUCCAUUGCGCUCACUGUCUGCACCGAUCGCUCCCUCCACACCCCCAUGUACUUCUUCCUGGCCAAUCGCAGUGUGGAGAUCUGCUACUCCUCUGUCAUUGCCCCACUGGCCCUGGUCAACCUUGUGUCAGGGAGGAAAGCCACCUUCUCCCUCACUGGCUGUGGCACCCAGAUGUUCUUCUUUGUCUUUGUGGGAAGUGCUGACUGCAUUCUGCUGGCUGUCAUGGCUUACGACCGAUAUGUGGCAAUCUGCCACCCGCUGCGCUACACCCUCCUAAUGAACUGGAAAGUCUGUGCCUGUCUCGUAGCUGGCUCACUGGUGCUGGGCUUCUUGUUAUCCCUGCAACUGACCAUCUUGAUCUUCCACCUACCGUUCUGCACCACCAAGGAAAUCAAUCACUUCUUCUGUGACAUCCCUGCUGUUCUGAGGCUGGCCUGCACCAACACACAUGUCCACCAGGCUGCCCUCUUCAUUGUAAGUGUCACAGUCCUUACCAUCCCCUUCCUGCUGAUCUGUCUCUCCUAUGUCUUCAUUAGGGCCACCAUCCUGCAAAUCCAUUCUGCAGCUGGCUGGUGCCAUAGCUUCUCCACCUGCUCCUCCCACCUGACAGUCAUCCUUCUGCAGAACGGCUGCUGCAGCUUCAUAUAUCUACAGCCCAACUCCAGCUACUCCCUGGAGCAAGGUCGGGUGGUGUCUGUGGUCUACACCUUUGUGACCCCUGUACUGAACCCCCUGAUCUAUAGCAUGAGGAACAAGGAGUUGAAGGAUGGUCUGAGCAGAGUGCUGAGAAGGAAAGUGCUGUCCCAGAGAAAGUGACACUUUUGGGCCCUCAAUCAGAGAAACAAUGUGGGACUGGAUGGCUCAAGCUGCUUGGGAAUGGGCCAUAUCGGAUUCCAGCUCUAGGGAACCAGUUUUGCUCUGGACCCAUGUUGUAGUAGUACAAGAAACCCGAUGUUGUUGGAACGUGAGAUUAUGAUGGUGCCAUGAAACAUCAUGUCGGUUGCAUGCUAAUGCCAAGGAAAUCUUAAAAAUCCUGAUUAGACAUCCUCAGGAUAGUGGAAAUAGGGUAGUUUUGUCAGUAUUAUUUUUUCCCUACAUUUUUUCAAUAGUUCUAGUAGCUUACGGCUUUUGACUAGAAACUUGAAAUUUGGCAGGCAGAUAUUUGUGUUUUGCUUUCUUCACAAAAUUCUGAUCAGAUGCGAUCAAGUUAUGAGCAGAAGAAAAAUCACCAUGUAUGCAUGCUCAGAAGGACUUGUUAGAUACUUGCUCCUAUUUUUCUGAACCUUCCAACUGAUCACUGAGAAUGCUCCCAGACCUUGAUAGUGUUUCCAGUACAUAGAGUGACAGAAAGGACACAGGUAAAACUGCUACUGCAGGCAAUCUUAAUUCUAGCAUGUUCUCAUUUUCGAGUAACUGACACGGAACCUUAAAAGGAGUCUUUUAACGUUGUUUGUCUGCAUGGAGUUUCUCUAUAUAGAAUGUAGUAAGUAGCUACCCUCUCCAGAUGCGCAGGAGAUGGAGUCUUGGGGGAGCCCAAGAGAUGGUCACUGCGCUGGAAUUAGAGCUGCUCUGUAAUAAUUUACGGAUACUGUAUGUUGAUCUGGUUAUUGGGAUGUUUGCUGCAUGAAUAUACUGGUUCAGUUUAAUAGGAGACUGUAAGGAAAAACAAGCAGGAGAGAAACAGGAUGGCUCAAGAUAAGCCACUUCUCUGCAAACACUUGAGCGUUGUUAAGAGACAAUGCCGUGAUGGAAAAAGGCCCGUGUGUACUGGAAAUCAAAAGGACUAUAGCAACUUAAAAAAGACUAAGAACUCUCUCUCAAGUUGAGGGACAUCAAACCAAGAUGCAGGCAGC